CUCGGAAUACAAUACACGCCCCAACAAAGACUUUAGACUAAAGGAUAAUACCCUCCCCCCUGACCCUGGCUCUAAUUAUAUUCCAGAACUCGUCCACCGCUACCGCCGAUCCUGUCAAUUCUGAUUUUUGGGUUUUAAACACGGAUCUCGUCAAUAAAACUAGCCUCGACUCCUGCACGCACAAACCUGCAGACAGGUACCAUCGCUCAACUAAGGAUACUACUACCUUAUCUUAGCCAUCGCCCCCCCCCAACACCAGUCUCCUCCUUUAGCGCCCGCAUCACGUCGUAUGCAGCUUGGCCAAGGUGCAUACCAAACUGCCACCGUGUACUGGUAGCGAAACCAACGACCGUGCCGAACUUUGACAGAUAAAAAAAAAUUUAAAAAAAAAAAAAAACUUACCGACGAGACUCGACAAAGGAAUGAAGGCAGUGAAGGGCGGAGACUUGCCUGCCUGCCGAAACGCCCCAUACUCCAUGGAGUAAAACUCGACUGCGCCAGACCCUUUAGUACUAAACCCUACGAACGACAAUUGCUACCCCCUUAGCCGGCGCAGACAAGACAGAGUGGCAUUCCAGCUCCAACAUCUCCAACGAACCCGGAAAACAAAACAGGAUGGCGGAUCAGGUCAACACGACUACAAUGGAGUCAACUGCGCCUGUGACCAGUGAACCAGUACGGCCUGUGUCGCCUACAAGUGACUCGGAUAAGGAGACGGAUAAUUUUGAAGAUGCGCCCGAUACAGCCUCGAUCCGCUCCUUGACUAGGAGAAAACCGUCCUCCACGCAGCCUGUUUCCCAAGAUAACCAGUCUGAGCUGGCAGCAGCCUUCAACAAAAUCAAGAACAAAAAGGCUGCCAAGGACCAAGGCGUGAGCGAUGCUACAAAGGACAAAGAAGUCGAGAAAGAGGUCACAAAUGCAGACGAGACCACCGAGCCAGCUGCCAUGUCACCGCCAUCCCCAACAAUACCUCCAGUUGGCGAGCCUGCCGUUGAUGACGGUGAAAAGUUUUCAGAGCCACUUGGCCUGUCAGAGCCUAAAGGCAAGCGAAUAUCAAAGGCCUCUACCAACGGAGAACUGAACGAAGUCGACCUAAACGACAAAGAAGAGACGAUCGUCCCAGUAGAAGCCCAGGCCCAGACGCCCGCCAUAAAGAAUACUCUCCCACCCACUGUCGCUGCAGAUGAGAAGCCUGCCCCGGCACGAGAGUCACCCAAAACCUUGUCGCUGAGCAGCAUCACGAAUGCAUUGCCUGCCAUGCCUUGGUCUCCACCGGCCACCGAAUCCCCCACAAAGGCCCUGGCCGUCAACCCGCAGCCGCCCAUACCCCCUCCGAUCACAGCUCCUCCUCCGCCUGCCCCUGCCAGUCGCAAACUGACCAGUCCUUUUGCUUGGCUAUCUCGAAACUCCACAAAGGACAAGGAGGCUCCAGCACCGCCUCCCGUAUCUCCGCGCAGGAACACUGCCAGUUCCAUCACGACUCUAACCAGCAACCCGGACAUACUGGGUCGGUUGGAGGAAGAGGGCAAGAAUGGUGGCGCGGCGGCGCGUAACACUCUGAAGGACCGUUUCAAGCUUGUGCGGAUGCGUGAGGAGGCCGGCAUUACCCUUCCAGAAGACGACAAGAGCCCUUUGGCCACGAAAUCAACAACUGGUGUACCUAGCCCGGUUUUGAACACAGCCGAUGAUAAAGACGGUUUGGCUGUGCAACAAACACCAACGUCACCUCUGCCAAGCAGUCCAAACAAGAGCCUAGCGCCAGGCACCGCAUCAGGCGUAGAUUCCGCAAUCGUCGAUGGACAACCUGUGGACUGGGACCUGUGGCAGUCGUUGGUCUACGAGGGUCACGCUGCUGUAGCCCGAACAAGCUCCGAGGAACUAAACAGGGCCAUUGCGGUGGGCAUCCCGAACGUUAUUCGGGGUCUUGUUUGGCAGACGUUGGCGCAGAGCAAAAACGAGGGGCUUGAACAUGUAUACCGCGAAUUGGUUGCCAGGGGGACAGACAAGGAAAAGCCCAACAACAGGCAAAGUGGUAGCUCAGUUGGAACCUCUAGCAACACUAGCAACCUCAGCAUUCAGCAGCGGGGCGAAACGGCGUCUUCAGCAUCGUCGGUCAACUCUGAUGGCGGAAGCUCGGGUGGCGCAGCCGCGGCGGUUGAUCCCAAAGAAGCCGAAGCGGCGGCCGCCAAAUUGUUAGCAGAACGCAAGAAGCGUGAAAAGGAGGAGAAGGCGGCCCUUGCGAAAUUGGAAAAGGUCAUUCGCAAAGACUUGGGCAUGAGGACAAGUUUCUCCAAGUUCGCAGCGUCACAGGGGCUUCAAGAGGGUCUAUAUGGUGUCUGCAAGGCAUACGCGCUUUUUGACGAAGCAGUUGGGUAUGCACAGGGCAUGAACUUUUUGGUCAUGCCACUGUUGUUCAACAUGCCUGAAGAAGAGGCCUUCUGCCUACUGGUGCGGUUGAUGAACCACUACCACCUGCGUGAUUUGUUCAUACACGACAUGCCGGGGCUUCACAAGAACCUUUAUCUGUUCGAGCGUCUUAUCGAGGAUCUCGAACCGGCUCUCUAUUGCCACCUGCACCGCAAGGGCAUCUCGUCACACCUGUAUGCGACACAGUGGUUUUUGACCCUCUUCGCCUACAGAUUCCCGUUGCAGCUUGUCCUGCGCAUCUACGACCUUAUCCUUUCCGAGGGCCUCUCAGCCAUCCUAAAGUUUGGUGUGGUUCUGAUGCAGAAGAACGCGGCUGCACUGCUCCAAAUUUCGGAUAUGUCGGCGCUGACGGCUUUCCUGCGGGACCGACUCUUCGACGUCUAUAUCGAUGCUGCUCCCAGCGCUGGUGGGAUAUUGGAGAAUGGAUUCUUUGGCAGCUCAUCUUCGAACAUCGACAAGGAGGUGUACAGGGCAGACCAGAUGGUCCGGGACGCUUGUGAGGUCAAGAUUACGCCAGAGAUGCUCGCGGCAUACACGGAAGAAUGGGAGGAGAAGACGGCGGCAGAAAGACAGCGCGAGGCCGAGAUCACUCGUCGUGAUGCCGAGAUUGAAGAACUGCGGGCCAUCAACACGGCCUCGGCCUUCAAGAUUCGCCGGCUCGAGGAGCAACUCCAGGUUCAUGAUAGCGAGCAGGCAGCCCUGGCGACGCAACUGGUGCACUUCAAGGUGGAGAACCAAGAGCUUCGCGAUGAGGCCGAGUCACUACGGGAGCAGACCAAGACUCUGCGAACCCUACUCGAAGAACAGCCAACUGAGCUCGAAAAGGCAUGGACCGAGGAGAAGCAGGGUCUACUCGCCAAGAUGGACAAGGUGCACGAGGAGAACCGGAGGAUUCAGCAAGAGAUGUCAGAGAUGGAGCAACAACUGGUGAAGACCAAGAUGGAAUAUGCCGAGAUCAACUCGCAACACGAGACUCUGACAAGGAGGUGGACGGAUCUCAAAAGGCAAUUCGCAUGAGUUGACACCCUACACCCUUUCUGCAUAUCUUUCUUUGUCUCUCUUCUCGAUUUCUACUGUACCGGUAUGAUUAUGAAAUGACGGUUACGCAUGCAUACUUUCAGAUCAGCCUUUGGCUGAAGGGAAUUUGUUUCAACCAUUCAACACUUGUUGUUUAACUUGAAGCACAAUUUUCAUCUGCACAAAGUUACCCCUUGUCGUUAAUUUUAAAAUGUAGUUCUGCGGGACUAGGGGAUCAGACCUAGGCGUUUUUUUUUUCUUUUUUUUUUUCUUUUUUUUCACUUCAUUCUUAUACCUUCCGCAUGAGAUGCUGCCAUGGCGGCUGCAUAAUGAAUAGGCCA